AUGGGACUCAAACCAGACUGGUCGCACCACGAGCAGCAGCCCCUGCCCGACGGCACGACCAUCUCCUCCACCGCCUACGACGACGCCGAAAAAGGCAUCUUCGACAGCACACCCACUCUCCCCGUGAUCGCCACACCACCACCAGUCGCACUGCUCGACGAGAAGAAAGUCAUCGAAACCGUCAGUUCCGCUACCGACGGCACGGUGACACCACCGACUGCCGCGGGGACAGUCACAUCAACAGGAGUCGUUGAGAAGAAGAAGCCAGCAGCAGCGAAGCCGAAGCCGAGCAAGUGGAUUUUAUUCCAGCUGUGGUUUAAUACGUACCGGAAGUUCUUCACGUUUGUGACGUUGUUGAAUUUGACGGGGAUUAUUUUGGCGGCGGUGGGGAAGUUUGAGUAUGCGGAGAAUCAUUUGGGGGCGUUGGUGCUGGGGAACUUGCUUAUGGCCGUGUUGAUGCGGAAUGAGUUGUUCUUGAGGGCGUUGUAUUUGGUUUCGAUUUAUGGGUUGAGGAGUUGGGCGCCGGUUUGCAUCAAGGUGGGCGUGACGUCGAUUCUGCAGCACGUGGGUGGUAUUCACUCUGGCUGUGCCCUUUCUGGUGCUGGGUGGUUGGUUUACAAGGUCGUCGAUAUCAUUCGGUAUCGCUCAGUGCAACACAGCUCUGUGAUUGCCACAGGCAUCAUCACCAACGUUGCCGUCAUCAUCUCGGUGUUGAGUGCCUUUCCCUGGAUCCGCAAUAACUACCACAACACCUUCGAGAGGCACCACCGUUUCAUCGGCUGGCUGGGUAUUGCAGCCACUUGGGUCUUCGUGAUCCUGGGCAACGUUUACGACAUCAAGCGCGGCGAGUGGAGGACCGACGCCAACACCCUUCUCAGCGCGCAGGAGCUGUGGUUUGCUGCGUUCAUGACCAUCUUCGUCCUCAUCCCAUGGGUCACCCUCCGCGAAGUCCCCGUCGAAGUCGAGAUCCCCUCCCCCAAAGUCGCCAUCCUCAAGUUCCAGCGUGGCAUGCAGCAGGGUCUGCUGGGCCGCAUCAGUCGCACCUCCAUCAUGGAAUACCACGCCUUCGGCAUCAUCAGCGAGGGCCGCCGGUCUGGCUGCCACUACAUGAUUUGUGGGGUGCAGGGGGAUUUCACUAAGGAGUUGGUGGCUAACCCGCCUAAGACGGUUUGGACGCGGGAGCUGAAGUUUGCGGGUGUUGGGCACGCCUCGGCCAUGUUUAAGCGAGGCAUCCGGAUCUGUACCGGAACGGGCAUCGGCGCGGCACUGUCCACUUGCAUCCAGAGCCCGAAUUGGUUCCUCAUCUGGAUCGGCUCCGACCAAGAAAAGACAUUCGGACCGACCAUCACAGGCCUGAUCUACAACAACAUCCCGUCCGAGCGCAUGAUCCUCUGGGACUCCAAGAAGCGGGGUGGCCGGCCCGACAGCGUGAAGCUGCUGAAGGAGGUGUGGGACAGCUUCGGCGCCGAAGUCAUUUUCAUCACCAGCAACAAGCAGGGCAACGACGAGAUGAUGCAAGGUUGCCGCGCGGCUGGCAUGGAUGCAUUUGGCACGCUGUGGGAUUUCUAG